UGGAGCGCGGAGGGAUACGACGCACGGGGAGGAGGGGCUGUGGCGGGGCAGCGGCUAUUCGCGGCGGCGGCGGCGGGGAGGCUGGAAGUUACCGAGUUUCAGUGUCGCAGAAAUGGGAAGCGAGCGAAGCCAAAAUGCCCCCGGGGAGCGCGGCCCCGCUGGGAAGGCGGGCUGAGGAAGCCCAGCCCUCAUCACCCACCCACCCUCCCCCGCCCCGCUCGCCGCGGCUCCCCCAUCCUCCGUCGCCAGGCCCCUCCCGGGCGCGAGGCGUCGGCAGCCCCGGGCUCCCUCAGAGCCCGCCGGAGGCCUCGGGGCGCUGCGGCUUUGGCAUCUGCGCGAGCGAUGGCAAGAGCAGGAGUGUUGUCAACGCGAGGAUGAGCGAGGGAUGGUGAUGCCUGCAACCUAUGGCUGAACUGGAGGUAAUUCGCUAGCGGAUCAAUAACGUACCGAAGGUUCCUGAAAGGCAGCAACAUCGUACGGAGCCUGAUUAAGCGAUUGAAUCAUUUAUUUAUUUAAUGUUUGGUAGCUGGACGAUACCAAAUAAACGUUUUGAUUUGUGCUGCUGUUUAUUUGCUGCUUAGAGUCAAAACGAAAAGAAAGCAAAUGUCUACGGAUAAUUACCUUUAAAAAAUUCAUAUCCGAUGAAAAAGGGGGUUAAAGGAGCAUAAUUACUUGUCUUUAUGGUUUGCAAUGCAUCUACGCCUUUUCAGGUCGAUUUGAGGCCUUGCAAGAACAAACGUGUUUGUGGACAAAAAGAGUGAAUUUAGCUGGGAUUGCUGUAAAUGGGGGAAACUGUCACUUUUAACUUUUUUUUUUCUCCCUCAAUUUUUAACUAAUGUAUCUUAUGAAGCAAAGCCAAAAGUAUCUUUGAAGUGAUACAGAAACUAGAAGAAAGAUAUUUUGUGCGUAAAGACUCUGAAGCUCUCAAUUGCUCAACUUCCAAAGAAAUUCAAUUUAAACUGUAUUUCUGUGCAUGAGGAGAGGUUGAGUUGAGCAUUUUCACAUGUACAUUUCCAAGGCCCACAAGUACAGCGUAUGAGCCUCCUGCUUGAGCUUUGUGCUUAGCACCGUGAGGCAGCUUGCUGCAGCCACCCUUCUGCUUUAUUGCAGAAAUGUAACCGUGAAACGUUAGGGAAAGGAGGCUAAGAUGUCAUACAGUUCUGUAAAAAGUGGUAAAAAUUAGAUUUCUGUAGGAAAUGCUGAGUUGCUAUGCAUUUUGACAUAUUAUCAAAUUAGCAAAUUUCCUAAAAAUAAUUAAAAUCAUCAUCUAGCAUGUGGUCUCUCAUCCCUAGGGUGAAUUUAUUUUGUCAUGUAGAUCUUUUUUCUUGAGAAGUAAAAUCGUGCUUACUAGAUUUGAUCACUUCAUCUGUAGCUACCCUCACUUUAUAUAUUUAAAAAUGCAUGGCUGUCUCCCUUUUUCCCAUCUUUUACAACAAUAAGCACUCUGUGUUUCAGCUUUUAUUUUAAAUCCAUACUUCAAGUAGUCGAAAUGGCAAUGAAGUCAUGUUUACUAUCUAAUAAAGAUUUUUUUAAAACAAA